AGCAUUCCUAUCAGCUGUGAUCAGCUGUUGUACGAACUCAUGUAAAUGUAUAACAGUAGUGUCCUCCGUAGUGUCAGUUAAAAUAGCACUACACGUAGUCUAAAACGAAAUUUUUAUUUUCGUAUGUUUAUGAAUAAACAUUUAAUUAAAUUCUAAAAUAAAAGAGAAAAGUGUGAGAAGACUCUUGCACUGUUAAAAAAUGUUUAGUACUAAGUCCUUCGAUGUUGUGAGUUUUAACUCGGAAUUGUCUACCGCAAAAUCAGAGACAACUGCAAAUGUUCAGACCACAGAUAUAAUUUCUACUGAUGAUUAUGUACAAACUACAGAAACAAGAAGUAUUGGGAUUCAAACAACAAAUGAACAAAAGGCAAAUGCACAGGUAGAUUAUGAUAAACUGGCAAAUUUCUUAAAACGAGUUACACCAGGAAUUCUGGAAGCUCUUGAUGAAGCUUAUGGUACAAGUGCAUUUGAUGACUAUGAUCCUAAUAUUAAAGAAGCUUCUUCUGUCAAUAUAGAAUUAUUAAAAAAAAUAAGCACUUCAAAAGAGUCAGAUGCUCAGAUCAAAGUAAGCGAUUUAUCAUGGAGUACCGUUGGUGGAACAUUAGCAGUUGGUCACAGCCAUAUUUAUCACGAAGCAUGGUGUGAUCACCUUUCUACAGUUCAGUUGUAUAAUCUUACAACAGAAGAUAACUUUAUGGAUGCACCCACCAAAACGUUAGAGACAAAUGGAUGUGUCACGACAUUAUGUUAUCACCCAACAGAACCUUCUAUUUUAGCAGCUGGAUUGUCUAAUUGGGAAGUACUAGUCUGGAAUCUUAGAAACGAGGAUUCAGUUACACCUACACACGUAUGCACACAUAGUGAUUGUGUAUCUCAAGUGUGCUGGAGACCAAGAUCGGUGAAUGACGUGACUCUGUUGUUGAGCUCCAGCAAAGAUGGAUAUGUACUGAUUCACAAAUUGACGGCUAAUUUCACGACUGUUCAGCUGUUCAAACGCUUCAAAAUAGUCAAGGAACGUAAUCCAGUGGAAAAUGCUAGACCACGCAGCGCGGGUGGCACACGCGAACGCGCCGCGGAAGCAGGAUUAUGUAUUACGAGUUUUGACUUUUCUCCACAUCACCCUAGUAUAUUCGUCGUCGGAACAUUAUGUGGUGGAAUCUACAAAUGCAGUUUGGACAGUGUAACUCCCAUUGAAGGUGAUGCUUCACUGAUAGAUCCCAUAAUCGACGAGUACGAAAGACAUGGAGGUGGUAUUACCUGCAUUAAAUGUUCACCGUUACGUAAUUUUUUUGUUAGCAGUGCUACGGAUAAAGAAAUUCGUAUAUACAAUCUCGAUGAGCACAUCAACCAGCAAACCAUUUCCGUUGACGAUACGGUCGUGGGAUUAACAUGGAUGAUUGGCAAUCAAGACAUAUUCGCAGCAUAUGGAGCAGGCGCGUCUAUAAAAUUCCACAACAUCACGAAUGGUAAAACCGUGACGUGUGCGAAACUCCAAGUGACUGGCAGAGAGAGCAUCAGCAGUUUACGCGUCAAUUCCAAAAGAGAUAUGCUGGCUAUUGGAGACGGUCGAGGGAACAUUGAAAUCUGGAAAUUUCCACGACGUCUGUUUUGAACAAGAUAGCUGCGACUGACGCAAUUACUUAACGUGAUUUUUGCUGAAUUUACUGACGUUGCUAUAUAUGCUUUAUUACACGUAACACAUGUAAUCGUUUUUACUGAAAUAAAUUAUUCAAAAAGCUGGAUUCUA